AUGUCGCCGAUACCGCGAGUUUUUCUUUAUCUAUUGAUUAUGAUUUUCUUUAUUGGGUAUCUUGAUGGGCGCAAGUCCAUGAGUGCUUUGUUGUUUCGUAAAAUUGUCACCACAUAUGGUGAAAAAUAUGCUUCAGCUUUUGCAUUUGAUAUAAGUGAAAAUCAGGAAACCCUAAAUAUAACAUUGAAUAUUGUGAAAAAUAUCACAGUUGAUGUAUGGCUAAGAGCCAGCAUAUUGCAAAAGGAAUCAAAGACACAUUAUAAGGAAUUAUUCACCUACAACAUUAAUUUAUGUCAGGUUAUGGAUCAAGGCAAAAGCUUAAGUUUGAUUAACUAUUGGCUAAAGAAUAUCUUCAGGUAUACCAAUUUACCAAUGAGUUGUCCCAUUCGAGAGGGUAACUAUCAUUGGAUAAAUUUAAAGUCAGAUAAAGAGACCAUACCCGGAUUUAUUAAAUCAGGAAGCUAUCGCAUUGAUUCAUCUAUCUAUAUGAGGGAAUGGCAUAAUGAUCUUCUAACCAAUUGUUCCAUGUUUAUUGACAUCAAAAUGAAAUGA